CCUGCCGCCGCCGCCGCCGCGCUCAGGCGAUGGGCUGGGAGCAUUGAGGGCCACCGGGACUGAACGCGGCGGAGGUGGGGACCGAGACAGGGUCUGACUCUAGCGUCGCGCCAACAUGCCCCGUGGCUUCCUGGUGAAGCGCAGCAAGAAGUCCACGCCUGUGUCCUACCGGGUCCGCGGUGGCGAGGACAGCGACCGCGCGCUGCUGCUCUCGCCCGGCUCCGGGGGCACCCGCGUCGAGGCCCCGGUUCCAAGUCCCGGGCCGCUGCCCGCCCCGCCGCCGCCGCCGCCGCCGCCCGCAGAGCGCGCCCAUGCGGCGCUCGCCGCUGUGCUAGCCUGCGCGCCGGGCCACCCGCCACCCCCGCCGGCCCCGCGGGCCGCGCACUUCGGCAACCCCGAGGCCGCGCACCCCGCGCCGCUCUACAGCCCCACGCGGCCCGUGAGCCGCGAGCAUGAGAAGCAUAAGUACUUUGAGCGCAGCUUCAACCUGGGCUCGCCCGUGUCGGCCGAGUCCUUCCCCACUCCCGCCGCGCUGCUCGGAGGGGGCGGCGGCGGCGCGAACGGCGCGGGCGGCGGCGGCACCUGCGGCGGCGACGCGCUGCUGUUCGCGCCCGCGGAGCUCAAGAUGGGCACGGCGUUUUCCGCCGGGGCUGAGGCGGCCAGGGGCCCUGGGCCCGGUCCUCCGAUGCCCCCCGCCGCCGCCCUGCGGCCCCCGGGCAAGCGACCUGCACCCCCCGCCGCCGUCGCCGCGGAGCCACCAUCUAAGGCAGCCAAGGCCCCGAGUGCCAAGAAGCCCAAGGCCAUCCGCAAGCUGCAUUUCGAGGAUGAGGUGACCACGUCGCCUGUGCUGGGGCUCAAGAUCAAGGAGGGCCCGGUGGAGGCGCCGCGGGGCCGCUCGGGGGGCGCUGCCCGGCCUCUGGGUGAGUUCAUCUGCCAGCUGUGCAAGGAGGAGUAUGCCGACCCGUUCGCACUGGCGCAACACAAGUGCUCGCGCAUCGUGCGCGUGGAGUACCGCUGCCCAGAGUGCGCCAAGGUCUUCAGCUGCCCGGCCAACCUGGCCUCGCACCGCCGCUGGCACAAACCGCGGCCCGCGCCCGCCGCCGCCCGCGCGCCCGAGCCCGAAGCCGCCGCCAGGGCUGAGGCGCGCGAGACCACCGGCGGCGGCAGUGACCGGGACACGCCGAGCCCCGGCGGUGUAUCCGAGUCGGGCUCUGAGGACGGGCUCUACGAGUGCCACCACUGCGCCAAGAAGUUCCGCCGCCAGGCCUACCUGCGCAAGCACCUGCUGGCACACCACCAGGCGCUGCAGGCCAAGGGCGCGCCGCCAGCGCCGCCCGCCGAGGACCUACUGGCCUUCUACGCGGGGCCCGACGAAAAGGGGCCCCGGGAGGCGGCCGGCGACGGCGAGGCGGCCAGCGUGCUGGGUCUGAGUGCCUCCGCCGAGUGCCACCUGUGCCCGGUGUGCGGGGAGACCUUCCCCAGCAAGGGCGCCCAGGAGCGCCACCUGCGCCUGCUGCACGCCGCCCAGGUGUUCCCCUGCAAGUACUGCCCGGCCACCUUCUACAGCUCGCCAGGCCUUACGCGGCACAUCAACAAGUGCCACCCGUCCGAAAACAGACAGGUGAUCCUCCUGCAGGUGCCCGUGCGCCCGGCCUGCUAGAGUGCGCCUCCAGGCCCCCAGAACUGUGCCUUCAUUUGGAGACCCACAAAGAGGGCGCGUCCUGCACCGCAGAACCCCCCGCGUCUGCUCCGGGGCGCUCCCCUGGAUGAAAGUGUCCUCUUCGCUUCUCUCGAUGUGGCCUGAUGGUAACCCUGGUCCUCUCGUUGUGACUCCUUUUAGACCCCCCUCCUCCCCCACCUUUGCGUUGUGUUCCCCCCAACCACCAUGGCGCAACAGGAGUCAUCUCUUUCUGUACAAGGGAGAAAAGCUACGCGUGUGUCUCGUGGUUGGAAGCCUCCCCUUGAGGGGCGAAGCUGUUUUUCUUGCUAGUAUUCGCUGUGUUCAUGGUCUAGAAGUGCGGUUUUGCUCUCGCCUACCAAUCUCUGCUCUGUCUGUAGCGUACGGGUUGUUUUGGGUGAAUCUUGAGGAAUAAAUGCCUUUAUAUUUCACAGGCUGUAAACUGAAUUUCCCACACGAUUAGCUUUAUUAUGGCUUGUGAACUGCUGGAGUCUGGCUUUACCUUUUUGUAUGUGAACAAAUCAAAUUGCUUAAAAAAAAGAGUUUUUCUUUAGUAUAGCCACAAAUGCCUUGACCUGUUGUCUGUCUGGGAUUGUUUUUUUUUGGUGGGGGGAGGGAAAGGAAAUCUUCACCGGAUGCUGUGGUAACUGCCUCAGUGUUUCACUUAAGACGUUUUGGUUCGAUCAUCUUGGUUGAGGUAGGACUAUAUGAGUUCCCUCUAAAUGUAUAUGUUGAUUUAUGAGUAAUUGUUAUUUAUUCUUUAUUUAUUUAUAUUAAUUAUGAAGAUUACGAUGUUAUUUGAUUGCAAAUUCUUUUGUGUGUGCGCGCGCUUUCCCUCUACCACUCUUGACAUUUCACUGUGCAUUUUAGAAGAGAGCCUUUUUUUUUUUCCUAAAGGGAUCUGUGGAAGUUUUACCUUUUAUACCUUAUCUGAGGGAAUUACAGACAACCUACCAUUUUAUUCUGCUUGGGGGGCCCCGGGGCCCCUGUACAACUGACAGCUCUUACUUUUAAAUGCAAUCUCUUUUCUACAUACAUUAUUUUCUUAAUUCUUAGCUAUUUAUAGAAAGCUUCAAUAGAACUGUUUCAACUGUAUAAAUAUUUACUAUUCAAAUAAAAUAUUUUCAAAGUCAA